CACGGCGCAGCGGGGCGGGGCAGGGCGGGUGGUUGCAGCGCGGUAACACGCCGAGUAUCGGUGGUAGGACGGGUGGAGGCGACGUGGUAGUGAGACUCUUGUGCGUCAAUGAUGCGCGCGGUGGUUGAGAUAAGCAGCGCGGGGGACUGAGUGCAUGCAGACCGAAGAUCUCGCGUCGUUCGGCUCUCGCGUUCGCGUUCGUGUUUGCUCGUUCGCUCCCGCGUCUCGUUUCGCGCCGCGUCCGCCGACACACCGUGGGCAGUUCACCGUGGGACACGCGUCAACCGGUUGUAGAUCCCUCGCCCGAUGUGACAGAGGUUCAGCGCGAUGCUUAAGGAUCACUCACCUGUCACUCAAGCCCUCCUCGGGACUCUGUUCACGUGGGCCCUCACCGCGGCCGGCGCCGCGCUUGUCGUUGUCAUUCGGGGGAAACAACGUAAGCUCCUCGAUGUCAGCCUGGGAUUUGCUGCCGGCGUGAUGGUGGCCGCGAGUUACUGGUCGUUGCUGGCACCGGCGAUCGAAAUGGCAAAGGAGAGCAAGAUGUACGGAGCGGAGGGCGAGUACGCGUUCGUACCGAUCGCAGUUGGAUUUCUCAUCGGCGCGGCGUUCGUAUACGGGACGGACGUGUUGAUAUCCACCCUCGGCAUUCAGUCCCCCAAUGUGCUUUUAGCUAUGCAAUCAGUCGGUACGAAACAAAGACGCAAGAUCAUUGCGAAAUUAAAGAGUGACGAGGACUUAGACUAUGAUUAUAAUCCAUUGUUUAACGACGUACUGAUACCCGGCGGAAAAAUAUACGAUCGUGUCGAAUCGACCGCUAUCGAUGGCUUCUACGAACAGAACAGUAGACGUCGACAAAUCGCAAAUAUAAACAGAUCGUCAGAAUCAGCAGAAAUCGGGACAGUAUAUGAAGAUCCCAAUAAUGAAGCAAAGAAUAACCAGUGGCGAAGGAUAUUACUCCUAGUUGUUGCAAUUACGGUACACAAUAUUCCUGAGGGUCUUGCCGUUGGCGUAGCCUUCGGAGCGAUAGGCAGUAGUGCAUCAGCGACUUUUGAAAAAGCAAGAAAUCUUGCGAUCGGUAUCGGGAUACAAAAUUUUCCUGAAGGAUUGGCGGUGUCCCUGCCCCUUCAGGCCGCCGGGAUUAGCACGUUGAAGAGUUUCUGGUACGGCCAACUCUCGGGGAUGGUGGAACCCAUCGCCGGUGUCCUCGGUGCAGCCGGAGUGACGCUCGCCUCACCUGCGUUACCUUAUGCACUUGCCUUCGCGGCCGGUGCGAUGAUCUAUGUCGUGAUCGACGACAUCAUCCCGGAAGCGCAUCAAAGUGGAAACGGCAAACUUGCCAGUUGGGCCGCCAUCGUCGGUUUCCUAGUGAUGAUGUCUCUAGACGUUGGCCUAGGUUAAGGACAUCAUCCUCAGAGUAGUCACGGCGCGUCCACGCUUUUGCGUAUGUGUAAAAAUCAUGUGGUAACGAGUGUUCACAGUCGCGAUGAGGCGUCUCCUCGACUCGCGGCAUUCAUCGAACAAUAGCGUCUUCUCGCGAAGAAGUCGUAAACCGAAUGUGCUAGCGAUAACGAAUGUUCUCCAGUCCCGACAUGUGUUUUUUAUCCGCCAUUAUAGCACUUUAUUCUUAAAGACUCAGGAAAAUCGAACCACCAGUAGCGAAAUAAGGAGUGUUGCCAAUCGGGGUUGAGACGCACUCUCGUGAUUCCUGAUAGUCGUCGAGAGAAAUAGAUGUACAAAAUCAUAUCAUGUUGUAAAAACUAUGUACGAAUUUUGACUCGCUUAUCCGUAACUUUAUCCUUGAUUAACACUACGAUAAAGGUUAAUUUGUGUAAUGGCUCAAUUCUUCCUUAAAUCGGUAAAUCUUUUUCUAGAAUGUAUUUCACACUUUGAAAAUGUCUUCCUGAUAUCUUGAUGACUGCAGAAGUUGAAGACACAUAGCCUGGUUGACUGAAAUCAAAUAUCAAAAUUAAUAUCUAUCAGGAUUCACAGGAGACGGUUGCAAUCGAUGCAAUCGCGAAAACUUUCAGUAGAUAAAGCAAUUAAAAUAAAGCAAUGUGCAGCGUCGAGAACUAUCAAAAAGGAACAACAUCCCGAGUAAUUCUUUUUUAUUGAAUGGACAUUAAUUCCUUAAAUAGAGACAAAUUUAUAUAUAAAUUUUGAUAUAUAUUUUAAAUAGAAGAUUUUAGAAAGCUUAAAAUU